GCGGGGCUCCGCGGUAACAGUCAGGGGCGCAGCUUCCUGGUGUCUCCUGCGGUGAGUGGUGUUGGGCGGGCUCUGUUCAGGGGAGCAGCGGGUUGGAAGACGCUGUGCAGCUGUAGGCCUGCCUCACUCCUCAACCUUCCGGAGCUGCGGGAGAGGAGGACGCAGGUCGGCUGUAGGGCUGGGAGUCGCGGGGUGAUUGGAGAUGUCCCGGCCCCCAGCUCCCCAAACCUCCAAGUCCUAAGGUCCCUAUCCCCCAGCGUCCUAAGGACCUUGCCCCCCAGCUCUCUAGACCUCCCAGUCCUAAGCACCCUAGUUCCUCAGACUUUACAGCCUUAAGCCCCCAGUUCCCCAGAUCUCCCAGUCCUAAGGCCCCAAACCUCCCAGCUCCCCAAACCUCGCAGCCCUAAGGCCCCUGGCCCCCAGCUCCCCUAGACCUCUCAGCCCUAAGGGUCCCUGUCCCCUGGCUCCCCAGACCUCUCAGCCCUAAGGGUCCCUGUCCCCUGGCUCCCCAGACCUCUCAGCCCUAAGGUCCCUGGCCCCCACCUCCCCAGACCUACCAACCCCUAAGGCCCCAGUUUCCUAGACCCUUAAGCCCCCUGGCCCCCAGCUCCCCAGACUUGAAAAUUCCAAAUCCCCCCAAGUUCUCUGUUCCCCAGUUCCCCAGGCCUGCAGCUUCCAAGCUCCAAGAUAGGCUGUAGAGAGUGUUGGGGGGGGGGCUUCUUCCCUCCCUCACAAGGAUAAGAAAAUGCAAAGGAAUUGGGAAGAGGCUUUCUGCCUGCUCUAGAUGUCUGGGAGGUCCAUUUAGGAGGCCCCAGGAAGGAAGAGGUGGACCUUGUCACAAGGGGACCGAUGACUGUCCCUAAGGAACAGUCAGAAUACACCAGAAGAGAGCAAGGUCUGAAGCCCAGGAAUACCCAUUCUCGUGUGAACCCUGGAUAGAAUGAAGGAGCCAAGAAAAGCCUGAGGAGGAGCAGCUGGUGGUGGAAAGAAAACCAAGAGGCUGGGGAGGAGGGAGGGGGAGGAGGGAGUGGAGGGCUCCUUUGGAGUGCAGCUCACAACCGCCUCUGCUUCACUGGGUAACCCAGUGGGUGCUGCUGGUUCUGUCGAGGGCCUGGUAGAGCUUUGGAAGAAGCUCUCUGGAGUGGAUCAGAGCACUUUCCUCUGUGAGCCAGAUACUCAGAUGUCAGAGGUCACCUGGAAAGCAGACAUUAACCUAACCAAGAAAAUGAGAAUCUAAAGGGAAUGAGCGGGGGCCAGUGGGACUGGGAGGAAAAUCUGUUACUGGUUCCAGAAGAUAGCCUAGCUGCCAGAAGGUGCUGAGGUGGGAGAGGACCCAGCACCUCCACACAUGGAUUUGCACAGGAUUGCCCCUUGAGGUGUGUGUGCUGAUAAGGGCUGUUGACCCUCUGAGUGGUGCCAUACCUAGAGCUACACCUUCACAGAAGCCGAUCAGAAGGACUAUCAGUGAAGCAAUCCUUUAACAACUCAGUAGGAGCCAGGCAUGGUGGCACAUGCCUUUAAUGCCAGCACUCAGGAGGCAGAGGUAGGAGGAUCACUGAAUUUAAGGCAGUUUGGGACAGUCUGUUUAGCGAGUUCCACGCCAGCUGGGGCUACAUAGUGAGACCCUGUCUAAAGAAAAAAGCCUCAAUAGGAAAGUGGUCCAAAGUGAGCAGACUUGAUCCAGACAGAAUACAAAUGACCAUGAACUUAGAAGAGAUGAUCUCAUAAUGAGAAAAACCCCAUGGCAGUGUACUGAUUUGGAAAAUUCCUGAGGUUGGUCAGCAUAGGCUGCAGGGAGGCAGAGAGAGAACUCCUGAGCAGGCAUGUUGCCACCCUUUGAGGGAGGAGAGGGGUCUUCCCUGUGGUCCAGGAGUUCAGUCUGGGAGUUGUUGCCUGCUGUGUAUACUGCUCAGUGUUGGUCAAGGCCGUUUGCUGCAGCUGCUUUCAGAAGACGAAGCAGCCCAGGUGCCCAUCCCUGGGAGAGUUGGUAAGUAUGCGGUGUGUAAGUAUGCGGUGUGAGCCGACCAUAAAGCAGUACAGGUGAGAAAUGGAGACUGGGGAGGUAGCUGGUAGCUUGCCUUGUGUGAGUGCCUGAGUUCAGUCACAACCUAUGUUUUUAAAAAGUGGGUGCACACAUGGCAGCUAACUGUAAUUUCAGUCCCAGGGGAUCCAACAGCCUCUUCUGACCUCCGAGGGCACUGCACGACAUGGGUGCACUUUCCUACAUGCAGGCAAUACAUGCAUACACAUAAAAUAAAAAAUAAAAUAUUUUUAAAAAGUGGGUGCAGAUGGAUCUAAAUGUGAUCUAAAUCUAUUGUAUGAAAUUCACACGCUUGUCUGGGCGUCUCAUCAAGUCUUCUCACAAGACUUUCAGAAUCAAGCGAUUCCUGGCUGAGAGACAAAAGCAAAAUCAUCCUAUUCCCCAGUGGAUUCAGACAAAAGCCAGUAACAAAACCAGGUGCAGCUCCAAGAGAAGACACUGGAAGAGAACCAAGCUGGGUCUGUGAGGAUUCACAUACCAAGGCACGACUGCUGUUUAAGCUGAAUCAUGGCCAUCAUCAGGCCUACCAAACGGAGCUGAAAGGUUUUAUCCUGGAGAUUUGGUCAAAUCAGGAAUCUGACUUGCUUUUUUUAAAUCUGCUUUGUAUGAGUGAAUUGAUUGGUUCAAUAAUAAAUAUGUAGAACCUUCAAAAAAAAAACACAAGGUACACAAUUGGUCAGUCACGAGAGAAAUCUUGCUGGCAAUAGGAGAAAAAUGGAGGUAGAUACAGGUAAAGCACAAGUUUAAGCUUUAAUGUACUUCAAAACGGUAAAUGACGAUUGGGUGCGUGAUGCAGAUGUUUAAAGGGCUGCCUCACAUCCUUAUCUUCCAGAUGCCAAAUCCUCUUGCCAUAAUGCGAUCACAUCUUUAAUACCUGUCCAGAAACACUUUAUACAUGUCUAAAUGCAUAUUUGUGAGCAUGUACUUUCUCCCAUUUUUACAUCAAGGGAGGGCAGCAUACAAUCACAUUCUGCACCUUGUAACUUCCACUUAGUAUUUUUGGGAUGCUUUCAUGAGGCAUUUUGGUUUUGAUGGUACUAUUGUGUUCCAUUCAGUGGAUAUUUACAUCUUCAAUGUCUUGCCAUAUUGGACAGUGUCCUGACAAGUGUUCUUCUGCCAAAGGCACUUCGUUCCUCUGUACACUUAUCCGAGGGACUGAGUCCUAGGACAGCUGGGGAACGCACUCCAAUGAUUAUAGUGUGAAUGGCCAUGCUCAAAUUGUCUCCCAAAUUAGAUGUGUCCGUUUCUACCCUACCAGGAACAGAUGAGUGCUAUUGCCCCAAAGCUUCACCAAUAAAACAUGGCACAAAGUUUGGGACUGUGUGUGCCCAAAUUCAUGACUCCUAGGCCCCAAGAUAGUGGUGUUUGGAGAUGGACUUUGUGGAGGAAAUGAAGCCUGGAUAGGUUCAUGAGUGUGGGGCCCCUGUAAUGGACUGGUGUCCUUGUGAGGAGACAGAUCUCGUUUUCUGUGCCAUGCUGCCCUCUGUAGACGGCCAGUGCUGGCUCCCUGAUCUCGGGGUGGCUCUGCAGCAGAUAGUAAGACACAAAGUGUUUUAUCUUUUCUCUCCUUCAAAAUGCUGUCUUUGUGUGUGUUCUAUUUACGGAACGUCUAAAGCUGUGCCAAAGCUUUAAGUUCAGCGAGCGCUGCAUGCCCACUGCUGACCUCAGCAACUCCCUUCCUGACACUCUCCACCACCCUGGGACCUGCAAGUUCUGUUUAUACCCCACACCAAAAUGUAAAAUCUUCACACAGAUUUUAGCCGAUGAUACACCCGUGUAACACGUUUCUGUCAGCCCAGGAGUCUUCCAUAAAUUCCAAGUGGAGGUUCACCUGCCCUCAGCACCUUUUGCCCCGUCUCCUUGCCUCCAACUUGCUCUGUCUGCAUGUGGCCUGAGUCAGGCGCAGGUGUGCAGCUUGCAGGGUCUGGCUUCCCCGGCUGCAGAGGGAUCUGUGCGCCCUCCUGUGUACCACUUCACUUUCCACGCCACCAGUGUCCUGCAUUAGUACUCCCCUCUGAGCGUCCACCUGUGGCCAUGAGGACACUUUCUAGCUUUGUGGCAGUAACGGCUGAAGGUACUGUGCAUUAUAGUGUGUUUUUUUUUUAACUUUUAUGUAUUCUUAUGGUGUAUUGCCUGCAUGUAAGUGCACCCAU